AUGUUCAAACAUAUUCAGCUCACGCCCGCGCGCAGCCGAUCUUCUAGAAGAAAGAGACCAGGAACAAGAGAAAGGGAACCUGCCGGAAAGAGAAUACCGAUAUCGAGAAGGAGAAAAUCUUCUAGAAGAGGACCUAGAGCGAGAAGAAGUCGUUCUAAAUCGCAAAGGAGCAAGUCCUCCAGAAAGAGACCUGGGCCGAGAAGACGUCGAUCUAAGUCUCAGAGGGGAAAGUCUUCUAGAAGGAGGCCUAAACAGAGACGAAGCCGAUCUAAGUCGGGGAGAAGCAGAUCUUCCAGAAGGAGACCUAAACCGAGGAGAAGUCGCUCUAAAUCGAAGAGGAGCAAGUCUUCUAGGAGGAGACCUAAACCGAAAAGUCGAUCUAGGUCGCAGAGGAGCAAAUCUUCUAGAAGAAGACCUAGACAGAGAAGAAGGCCAUCCAAGUCGGAGAGAAGCAGGUCUUCCAAAAGGAGACCUAAACCAAGAAGUAGUCGAUCCAAAUCGGAAAGGAGCGGGUCUUCUCGAAGCAAAUCUGGAUCUAGAAGAAGUCGAUCUUCCAGAAGGAAGAGGCCUGCACAGACGAGACGACCUUCCCCAGAAAGAAAAGCUGCAUCAAAACGGAAUCGACCUCAUAGAAAAAGGCAUAGUGGGUCGAAAAGCGGACGACAUCCUAUGAAAAGGAAAAGUGAUUCGGAAAAAAGUUCAUCUUCUAGAAGGAGAGGCUCUUCAUCGAGGAGCCGGUCAAAGAGUGACAGACCGAAGAAGAACCGUCGCAAAGGAGGGCCUAGAGAUGAUAUGGUAAGCAAGAGUAAUUGCAUUCUGUUAGAGUAA